ACAACAUUAAUUUGCGCUUCUUAACGCCGACAGCGCCUCAUUAUUCACUUCAAAGUUUCCAAACACCUCCCAAUAGUACGGAAAUGUCAAAACCGCAAAUUUCCACCAAAUGUCAUGGACUUUUGUCAUCGCUCAUCGUCUACGAAGAAAAAGUCGCCUCCUGUGAAUAAAGUGCAAACUAACCUUAAUAGUGAAGGCGUAAUAAAUUACAACGCGCCUAGAGUGUGUGUUUGUGUGGUUUUGUGUGUCUCUGCCAGAGCCCCAGACACAAAAAGAAAUAGAAGAUAAACCAAAUAUCCAUAAAGAACGGCUAAGAAAUGGUCGUUUGGAACGCAACUCGUCGGAAUGUUCGAAUCCUUCUUGUGGGGGAUCCGGGCGUUGGCAAGACCUCACUUAUUCUUUCGUUGGUCAGUGAGGAAUUCCCAGAAGAUGUACCCGCCAAAGCUGAAGAGAUCACAAUUCCUGCUAAUGUAACACCAGAGCAAGUUCCCACCAAUAUUGUGGACUAUUCAAAUAUCGAACAAACAGACGAGGUUCUCGCAGAAGAAAUUCAAAAAGCUCAUGUUGUAUGUAUUGUUUAUGCUGUCGAUGACGAUGAAACGCUGGAUCGUAUCACAUCACAUUGGCUACCAUUUAUUCGCAACUCAUGCAAUGCUAAUGAAAAGGAUCAACAGCCGUUAAGAAAGCCAGUGGUCUUGGUUGGAAAUAAAGUUGAUUUAGUUGAAUACUCGACAAUUGAUAGUGUUCUAACAAUAAUGGAAGAUUUUCCAGAAGUUGAAAGCUGUGUUGAAUGUUCUGCAAAGACUUUACACAAUAUUUCGGAAAUGUUUUAUUACGCACAAAAGGCAGUUUUGCAUCCAACAUCACCGCUUUAUAUUAUGGAAGAGCAAGAUCUAACACCAGCAUGCAAAAAAUCAUUAGUUCGAAUCUUCAAAAUAUGCGAUAUUGACGGUGACAAUUUGCUAAACGACUACGAACUUAAUUUAUUCCAAAGACGAUGCUUCAACACCCCCCUUCAGCCACAAAUCCUUGACGAAGUUAAGGCAGUAAUUUUAAAGAAUAUACCCGAUGGUAUUUACAAUGAUGCAGUUACUCUGAAAGGUUUCCUCUUCCUACACUGCCUGUUCGUACAGAGGGGACGCAAUGAAACCACAUGGGCGGUAUUGCGUCGAUUUGGCUAUAGUGAAAAUUUGGAAAUGUGCAAAGAGUAUUUACAGCCGCCAAUUAAAAUACCUCCAGGAAGUAGUACGGAGUUAUCACAUCGUGGUCAGCAGUUUUUAAUUGCUCUAUUCGAGCGAUAUGAUAAAGACGGAGAUGGAGCUCUUUCCCCAGAUGAACACAAAAUGGUGUUUAGUACGUGUCCUUCGGCUCCAUGGUCAUAUUCCACGGAUAUUCGUAAAUCGUGUCCAGUGAACGAUAGGGGUUGGGUAACGCUGCAUGGCUGGCUAUGCCGUUGGACACUCAUGACUCUUAUCGAUCUGCCAAAAACACUAGAGUACUUGGGCUAUUUGGGCUUCAAUGUCCAUGAAAACGAAUCACAAUUAGCAGCGAUUCAUGUGACGCGAGAGCGUCGAAUCGACUUGGCCAAAAGACAGAGUAGCCGAUCGGUGUACAUGUGUCAUGUAAUCGGACCCAAGGGAGCCGGCAAGACUGGUUUGUGUCGGGGUCUGUUAGUGGAAGAUAUGAAAAAUCUAAUUGGCAAGGAUUUCAAAACAAAUAUUGUCUAUUGUGUGAAUACAGUUCAAGUGUACGGUCAGGAAAAGCAUCUAAUUUUAAGGGACAUUGAAGUGAAACAAGUCCUUGAUCCACUGCAACCUCAAGAAGUCAAUUGUGAUGUGGCCUGUCUUGUGUAUGAUACCUCAAAUCCACGUUCCUUUGAAUAUGUUGCCCGAAUCUACAUCAAAUAUUAUGCCGAAAGUAAGAUCCCAGUGAUGAUUGUUGGAACGAAGGGCGACCUGGGCGAGAAUCGGCAAGAUUAUUUAUUACAACCCACAGAAUUUUGUGAAAAAUACAAAAUUCUUCAACCACAUUUAUUUACAUUGAAAAAUAACAAAAAAGAACUUUACAUAAAAUUAGCGACUAUGGCUGCCUUCCCUCGUUUUCAAGCCGCUUGGAUAUUGUUUUACAAGCACAGGUUGGUACAGCUGUGGGAGUCAGCACAUCUGCGUCAAUUUGGUUUAGCAACAGAAGAUCCAACAGUAUGGUGGAAAGCUGGUAUUGGAAUUGCGGCGGCAACACUCCUCGGAUUCUUUAUGAUGAAAGCCUUCCAUGGUUCUGGACCACAUUCAAAAUAAAUUAUUAUUUUAUAUUUAAAAAAAAUCAUAAUCUUAGACAUUCAACAAAAAUAAAAAAGCAAACAAACACAAAAUGAAAACAAAAUCAUAUUUUUAUAUUUAAAACCAAUGAACAAACUGAAAAAGAAAAUCAACACUAUAUAUCUUUAUAUCCCUACGUAUAUUAUUAUAUAAAAAUAAAACAAACCUACAAAUCUAAACCAAAAUUUAUUGUAUAAAAAAAAGAUAAAUAUUUGCAAUAUCUUUAUUUAGUAUUUUUGUUUUUUAAGGAAAUAACAUAUGUAUAUCCAACAAAAAAUAUUCUAACUUAAAUUUUAUAAGCAAUAUUAUAUAAUAUUCUUACAAGUCAUACAAUUUAUAUUUAAACACUAAUUAAUUAUUAUGUUUUUUAUCUCUCUGAACUAUCUAUUUUAAUUUGUAUGAGAUUAAAUAAAAUCAAAAUUAAGGAUAAUUAUUUUAUUUGAUUGAUUUUAAUGAUACUGAUGAUGGUUUUGUUUAAAUUUCUUAUUGCUGUUUUAAGUCUUUUUGGCUAAAUUUUUAUUACAAAUAUUUCAUGAGCAAAUUUGCAUUUUAAAAGUAAUAAGAAAUCAGAAACUUAUAAGUUCUUUUGUCAUGUAAAAGGUUCUCUUUCAUUUUGAAACGUAAAAAGAAUAAUUUUAUGUGGCAAAGUGCAUAUCUUAGAUUCCAAAUUAAAAAGGUUUUGGCAGUUCAUUGUGUUACCAGAUAUUAUUUUCCUAUGUACAAAUAAAUCCAGAAUUUAAUUCAAUGUUCAAAAGAACUUCUUUGCUUUUAUGAAUCUGAUUUUAUUUAAGUAACUGCCAAACACAGUCAUUUUAAAUUUGAACACAAUUAUGAAUUAACCUUAAAUUAUGGAAAAAACGACACAAUUUAUAGCUAAAACUGCAUGUCAGAAAUGUUUCCUAUCCAUAAAGUAUAAAUGAAAAAUGCAGUGUAUUUAAAGUGACUAUCAGAUCUUCUUGAUUCCAAAAUAUUAAACAAAAAACUCUCAAAGAUAUAAGUUAUGAGAGGGAGGCAAAAUUAAAAAUUC